AUGGUCACUGAGCAACCAAUUGGAAUAAAAUGCCUUGAUGUAACCACGGCGGCUGUUUAUCUGGCGAGUUUAAAAGAUCAAUACGAGGUGACAUUAUAUCCAAAUUAUGAGAUCCUUUUGACAAACUCACAGGAGGUAUUAUGGUUCAAAAAUAACUUAUUGGUGAGAAAACUAAAGUAUGAUAAUAAGGAAGAUAAGAUAAUACUGUCUCACAUUGUGCAUUUCAAUAAUGACAACAACAAACUGCAACAGACAUAUCAAAAAUCAAAGAAAAAGGCAUUGACAGUGGUGUUAACAAACAGAGCUUAUAUAUACUUCGAAGAUGACGAAACUUUCAUUGUGAGUUUUCCAUUUAGUGUCAGAAAGUCCUUUUUGUUUGAAAAUGGAUUGAUAUUAGAAAGACUGCAGUCAACAUCACAAGAUUCAACGCCAAUGAUUUCCAGUUUCAUAAACACCAAUAACAUAAACAACAAUAGUGAUCCCUCGUCUUCCACAAGCGGCAACUCAUCUCUGUCAAAUUCAAAACCAAACUUUUUGACAUUACUAGGACCAUUAUCAGAAUUAGGAAUGCUUGUUUCAUCUUCGAUAUCAUCUUUUGCGCCCAAUGAAGAAUUGGUAUGGUUUCCCCAGGAUUCAGAUUGCUCAUUGGCCGUAACUUAUAAUUCUUCCAAUAGUAUUAUUACUAUCUAUCACGUUAGAUAUUUAACCAGAAACAAGAAUAAAUCAUCAGGAGGCAAAAGAACAUCACUUCGCAAAAGGUCAAUUUCUAGAAAAUCUUCCAUGCCAAAUGGCGCAACCAUUUCUAAUGAUACUGAGAUUAAUGAGGGUACCCCAAAGCCAAGUGGUAAUAACAACAAAGAUAGCAAUAAUUCAGCGAAUAAUCCUAUACAAGCUCGAAGAUCCAUAUCUCACUCAGAAAUGCUCUAUGAUAGAAUGCCCUCAGGAAACACUGGAGCAGACAUUACCAAUUUGGACAUCAAUGACACUAGUUUCACUGCUUCUAACAGUUUCAUGAAUAUUGAAGCGUUAAGGAAAGAUGCAGUGUUGACAAAAGUUGAAAAAGUUCAAUUCAAAUACCUUAGAAAAAGUUUGAAAGUUUUUAGCUUACACUUCACAGAUAAACAAGGAAUCGUCAUUGUCAACAAAGAAACCAAGAACACCGAGGUUCUUAUUUUCAACUCCUCAAAUAAUUCUGUUAGCUUGCCAUCUUAUCAAAGUUCUUUUAACUUCAGGUGCUCAGAUGCGGUAGCUUUAGAUUCAACUCAUGAUGGAUAUUUGAUAGCUUUGAAAGAAAAUGGUAAAAGUGCUUGUUUGGUGAACCCCUUUUUAGGCUUGACGUCCCAUGAUUUGCUUUUAAAUUUCAAGGAAAAUAUUGAGGCUCUAGGUCACUGUUCUGAAAAUUGUAUUUCCUUGAAAACAUUUCCAAAUAGUCAAAUUCGCAUUGUACAACUAUUACUAGAGCCCUUGGAUGAAUUGAACAUGAAAUGUCUCAAGUCAUUGAAACAUAUUUUCGGGCCUUAUGCGUAUGAAUUCGUUUGGUUGAAAUGGUGUACUGGAUUAUCAUUUGAUAAAGAUGGCUCCGGCUGGCAAAGUUUUAUUAUAACUCUCUUAUCUAUCAUUGUACCAGCGGGUACUGAUUUCAGUGAUUUGGUUAAUUCCCCACUGCAAAACUUUAUUAUUAACCAACUAUAUUUUGCAAACCUAUUAAAUCAAUCAAAUAAUUUGAAGCUCAGCCAGAAGUAUGAGCAAUCUUUAAAUAGUUUGGCCCCAAACGCCAUUCUUGCUUUACAUUUGAUAAGGGAAGAGUUGAAACUUAAUAUCUUAAGAGGCCCUACAGUUGAAAAAUUUGAUAUCUUGUUGGCACAAUUUGCUAGUUGGUCAGGAUGGUCAAGUUCCUGGGUUAAUUAUUAUUUGGAUACUAAACCUUCGGAUAUACUUGACAAGAAAUGCAGAUUCAGAACUUUACAACCUUUUGACAGUCCGCCGAAUCUAUUAAGAUCAUUGUGCAGCAUUUUCUCAAACAAUAUUACCCCAUACAUUACUUUCUCUCAAAUCUCUGAAGAAAACGAUGCAAUUGAUGAAAUAAUCACCCCAAGAACUUAUUAUAUUUUGCGAAUAUUUGAAGCCAUCGUGUCUCCGCAAUUCACCUCUGCCGAUAUUGUAAAUUUAAUGGUUGAAUAUGGUAUUGACAGCUUCGAUUUAGAAAGCUACCCAAUUGGAAUUUCUUUACCUUUAAAAGAAUAUUUGGCUUCGUGUAUAGAAGAUGCAACAGUAAACUCUUCAUUGGAGUUUGUGGAAUUAUUAGGAAGAAAAGACCUUGCAAAAAUUAUCCAAGGAGAAAAGGCUACAGCUCAUAAGAUAAUAAAUCAUAAUCAUCUUAACAAUAAGGACGUGAACCAAGUGAUUCAGUCUAUUAAGAAUGAUGAUCCAAUUGGUGCUUGGGAUGGGCAAUCAGAAGCUGAAAAAUUGCAUAUUACUAAGCUUAUAUUCUCUGAGGAUCGCCGAUAUUACGAGAUCACUAAGAUCUUACAAUCAUCCAAAAUCCAAACGGUUACUUUAAAUGCACCUCCUAAUAUGAAUGAAUAUAGUAUGGUUAAUUUGCAAAAGGAGUUAUCAACUUUGGUAUCUCUAAGAACUAUGACUAUACCUUUAGGAAGAGGUGCUCUUUUUCUUUCAAGCAGAAUGCCAAUUUUGACAGAAAAAUUUCCAAUACCAAAAUUGAAUUUUGAUACAUUGAUUAUGCCGAGUAACAUAACUUUGAGCUUGGAUAAGAACCUAAUUUCUUCUGAGAUUAUUGACUGGGGAUACUUUCACAAUGGUGCAUCAGCUGGUAUGACUAUUCUCAAAAAUGCUAAGAACAUUGUUGGUAGUUGGAUAGUUUUCAACAAGCCCCACAAUCUCAAUUCUCAGCACGGUGGUUUCUUAUUGGCGCUUGGUUUGAAUGGGCACUUGAAAAACCUUGAGGAAUGGCAUAUGUAUAAUUAUUUGGGUCCAAAGCACACACAUACCAGUGUUGGUUUGUUAUUGGGUUUGUCAGCCAGUGCUAGAGCUACAAUGGACAUGAAAUUGACUAAAGUUUUAUCUGUCCAUGUUGUCGCUUUAUUACCUCAGGGUGCUACAGAUUUGAAUGUUUCUUUGCCAGUCCAAACAGCGGGUCUUGUUGGAAUUGGUUUGUUAUAUUUGGAGACUCAGCAUCGCCGUAUGAGUGAUAUUUUACUCUCACAAAUUAGCAAUAAGAUCUCCUAUAAUGAUAGGUUGGUUGUUGAUGAGGGUUAUAGAUUGGCAGCAGGUAUCGCUUUAGGUUAUACAAAUUUAGGAAAAGGUAAUCAUUUGAAGGGACUAAAUGACACCCAUAUAACUGACCAGUUAUUAUCAAUGGCUGUUUCAUUGAAGGAUAUGCAGGGCGACCAAGAAUACGAUAAAUCAGCACCUGGUGCGAUCAUUGCUUUGGGAUUUAUUUAUCUCAGAACAAACAACUAUAACAUUGCUUACAAAUUGAUGGUACCUGAAACGGAAAAAUUAUUAGAUUAUAUUAGACCUGACCUUCUUUUAUUACGUAUUGUGGUUAAGAAUAUGAUAUUGUGGAACGAUGUGCAGGAAACCAAGAGCUGGGUAAAAUCACAAGUUCCCAAAUGUUUGACUCAGAAAUAUUCGAUCGCAGAUAUCAAGUCCUUGGAUAGUGACCAAUUGCCAUACUUUAACUGUAUCGGUGGUGCAUGCGUUUCGAUUGCUUUGAAAUUUGCUUCAAGCGGUGAUAUUACUGCCUCUGAAACGAUUUUGUAUUUCUUAGAUCAUUUUAUGAGACUCACUAUCAUGGCAGCCAAUUCUUUUGAUGAGAAAAUCACGCAAUCUUCGUUAUUGAUCAUUCAAGAUGCCAUCGUAUUGUCUCUGGCAAUAAUCAUGGCCGGUACCGGUGAUUUGAAUACUUUUAGGCGGUUGAGAAUUGUUCACAACAGGACCACUAAAAGUUUGCUUUAUUCGAAUUAUGCCGCUGUUAGUAUGGCACUUGGGUUUCUAUUCAUGGGGAGUGGUGAAUAUACCUUUGAUGACUCCAAUUUUUCAAUUGCUGCGUUGUUUACCGCUAUUUAUCCCGCACCUGCUGGUGGUACAGAGUCUGAAAUUUAUUUACAGGCUUUAAGACAUUUUUGGGUUUUAGCAGCUAAACCUAGGUGCUUGGUUUUCAGGGAUGUGGAGACCGAUAAACCGGUCGAAGUUCAGAUUAAAAUUACUUUAAAUUCUGGGAAAAGUUUUGAAACUAAAGCGCCAUGCCUUAUACCGAAAUUACAAGACAUCCGGUCAAUUGAGACUACUUCAAAAGAGUAUUAUACGGUUCUAUUAUCAUUUGAUGAGUUAAUGGAGAACCAGAAGCUUUAUGAACAUUUUAAGAAAAAUUUGACAGUUUUCGUUUACAAGAGGCAGGAUAGCCAGAAAUCCACGAAUUUAUUGAGAUCAAUUGUGCAGAGUGUUUCUAAGGAAUUUGACCAAAAGAAACGGGACAAUGUGGACAAAGCUUAUGAUAUAUUAUUUGAAAACUGCAAUACUAUCAAAGAGCAUGAAUUGAACGGAGAUUUGUCAGUUAAGAAUUCGAGGUUGGAAAUCAGGAACAUGGUUAAAGAUCCUCGAAAUUCUGACGAUUUGUGGAAUAUCAAAUUAUUGUUUGCAUUUUAUGAAAAGGUGGAUGAUAUUGAAACUCAUUAUUUGUCAACGGAGUUUGUGGAAACUUUGAAAACCGAGUUCUUGCUAUCAUGA